GCUGCGGCCCGUUAGCUGUCAGUAGCCGAGCGCAGGCGGGCGGCGGGAUCCGACUUCUGUGCCUGGACCCAGCGGUCCGAGCCUAGCGCGGCGGCGGCGGCGGCGGCCAGACCAGAGGAGCCCGAGUCGGGGCCAGGUCCCCAAGGCGAACAGGGUCCGGCGGGCGGCCGGCCGCGCAGACAGGAUGGGGAACCGGGAGAUGGAGGAGCUUAUCCCUCUGGUGAACCGUCUGCAGGACGCUUUCUCGGCUCUGGGGCAGAGCUGCUUGCUGGAGCUGCCGCAGAUCGCCGUGGUGGGCGGCCAGAGCGCCGGCAAGAGCUCGGUGCUCGAGAACUUCGUGGGCAGGGACUUUCUCCCUCGAGGAUCAGGCAUUGUAACAAGACGGCCUCUUGUGCUGCAGCUUGUUACUUCCAAAUCAGAAUAUGCUGAAUUUCUACACUGCAAAGGAAAAAAAUUUACAGAUUUUGAUGAAGUUCGCCAUGAGAUUGAAGCAGAAACAGAUCGAGUGACUGGAAUGAAUAAAGGCAUUUCCUCCAUUCCCAUUAACUUACGAGUCUAUUCCCCACAUGUGUUAAAUCUAACCCUGAUCGACCUACCUGGAAUUACUAAAGUGCCCGUGGGAGAUCAGCCACCAGAUAUUGAGUAUCAGCUCAGAGAAAUGAUUAUGCAGUUCAUCAUGCGGGAGAACUGUUUGAUUUUGGCUGUUACCCCAGCCAAUACUGAUCUUGCAAACUCAGAUGCAUUGAAACUAGCUAAAGAAGUUGACCCUCAAGGUCUGAGAACCAUUGGAGUCAUUACCAAACUGGAUCUUAUGGAUGAAGGAACAGAUGCCAGGGAUGUUUUAGAGAACAAGCUGCUGCCUCUUCGCAGGGGUUAUGUGGGAGUGGUAAACAGAAGCCAGAAGGACAUAGAUGGCAAGAAGGACAUUAAGGCUGCUAUGUUGGCAGAAAGGAAAUUUUUUCUUUCCCACCCGGCUUAUAGACAUAUUGCUGAUCGAAUGGGCACCCCACACCUACAGAAGGUUCUUAAUCAGCAACUUACCAACCACAUUCGAGAUACCCUGCCAAACUUCAGGAACAAACUACAGGGACAGUUGCUGUCGAUAGAACAUGAAGUAGAAGCCUACAAAAACUUCAAACCAGAAGACCCCACCAGGAAGACCAAAGCAUUACUGCAGAUGGUUCAGCAAUUUGCUGUGGACUUCGAGAAGAGAAUUGAAGGGUCAGGGGAUCAAGUAGAUACCCUGGAACUCUCAGGUGGUGCUAAAAUCAAUCGUAUUUUCCACGAACGCUUUCCAUUUGAGAUAGUAAAGAUGGAGUUCAAUGAGAAAGAAUUGCGAAGAGAAAUAAGCUAUGCAAUCAAAAACAUACAUGGCAUCAGGACAGGGUUGUUUACUCCAGAUAUGGCAUUUGAAGCAAUAGUUAAAAAACAAAUUGUGAAGCUGAAAGGGCCUUCUUUGAAGAGUGUAGAUCUGGUAAUACAAGAACUAAUCAACACUGUCAAGAAAUGCACCAAAAAACUGGCUAACUUCCCCAGACUCUGCGAGGAAACAGAAAGGAUUGUUGCUAACCACAUUCGUGAGCGAGAAGGGAAGACAAAGGACCAGGUACUGUUACUGAUUGACAUCCAAGUCUCCUACAUCAAUACCAACCACGAAGACUUCAUUGGCUUCGCAAAUGCUCAGCAGAGGAGCAGUCAGGUUCACAAGAAAAACACAAUCGGAAAUCAGGGAACCAAUCUUCCGCCUUCAAGGCAAAUUGUGAUCCGCAAGGGCUGGCUAACCAUCAGCAACAUUGGCAUCAUGAAAGGAGGCUCAAAGGGAUACUGGUUCGUCCUUACUGCUGAAAGCUUGUCCUGGUAUAAAGAUGAUGAGGAAAAAGAAAAGAAAUAUAUGCUUCCCUUGGACAACCUGAAAGUUCGGGAUGUGGAAAAGAGCUUUAUGUCUAGCAAGCACAUCUUUGCACUUUUUAACACGGAGCAGAGAAAUGUAUACAAAGACUAUCGCUUCCUUGAGCUGGCAUGUGACUCGCAGGAGGAUGUAGACAGCUGGAAGGCAUCUUUACUAAGAGCCGGGGUCUAUCCCGACAAAUCUUUAACUGAGAGUGACGAGAAUGGACAAGCAGAAAACUUUUCCAUGGACCCACAACUGGAGAGACAAGUGGAGACCAUUCGCAAUCUCGUAGACUCCUACAUGUCUAUUAUCAACAAAUGUAUCCGCGAUCUAAUUCCAAAAACGAUAAUGCACCUUAUGAUCAAUAACGUUAAAGAUUUCAUAAAUUCGGAGCUCCUAGCACAGUUAUAUUCUUCAGAGGAUCAAAAUACUCUGAUGGAGGAGUCUGCUGAGCAGGCCCAGCGCCGGGACGAGAUGUUGCGAAUGUACCAAGCGCUUAAAGAAGCUCUUGUGAUCAUUGGUGACAUCAACACUGCCACCGUGUCCACUCCCGCACCACCUCCGGUGGACGAUUCCUGGAUACAGCACUCUCGCAGGUCACCCCCUCCAAGCCCCACAGCCCAAAGGAGGCCAACACUAAGUGCUCCCCUCACAAGGCCCACAUCUGGCCGAGGACCAGCUCCUGCCAUUCCCUCUCCGGGCCCACACUCUGGGGCCCCCCCAGUCCCAUUCCGUCCAGGCCCAUUACCUCCUUUUCCCAACAGCACCGACUCGUUUGGAACCCCUCCACAAGUCCCAUCUCGGCCCACAAGGGCCCCUCCCAGUGUUCCAAGCCGGAGACCACCCCCAUCACCAACUCGUCCCACUAUAAUCCGUCCACUAGAAUCCUCCUUGUUAGACUAAACGAAGUGUCUGACAUCACAAUUAAUUACUAAUGAAUUAUGCGAAAGCAGCACAUUUGAUAACCGUUGCAGUAACUCAUGAGUAGUCGCGUGUGUGGACAUCAGUGGGCGAGUAACCAGUCUUACUAAUGUACUCAUCACUUGUUCUUCAUUGCUCCUA